UAUGAAAUACUAGAGCUCCUUAGGAAAAAAAUUAAGCAUUUUAUUGUUUUUGAGACAGAGUCCCUGACUGGCUUGGAUUUCACUAUGUAGACCAAAUUGGCCUUGAACUCACAGAGAUUUGGCUGAUCCUGCUUCCCAAGUGCUGGGAUUAAAGGUGUUUUCCACCACAGCCAAGGGGCUCACUAAAGGAUUUUUAGCUUUGUUGCAAAAAGAAGGUCAAGGUUUAAUUUCUCUCUGAUGAGCAAGCUUGCAGAUUAAGAUUUAUGUCAGUCCAAGAAGUGAACAAACAUGCAGUUCUCCCUCCUAUCAUUAGUAGGAAUGACAAGGAGUUUUUGGAAAGCAUUCAAAGAUACAUAAUUACAGAAACCAAAAGAGUGGGCUGCAGCGAGGAAGGGCCUGCUGAUGAGUAUUACACAAUAUACCGGAACGUGUUUGACAAGGUAAUAGACCAUGUCAACGCAUACAAGUCCAUUCUUACAUCAAUCAAAAGAGAAUAUGAUGCCUUCAUUGAGACAAUAAAAAAAAGCCGAAGAACUGCUUUUUGUCUUCAUGGAAAACUUAAAGUGUUGGCAACAGAGCCCACAGCAUUGGUCUAUCACCAGAGAAGAAGCAUCCAACUUGAAGCAAAAAUGAGGAUUAUUGAAAAUAAUUCCACAGUGAUCCAAUUGCAAAUUGAUCAGAUGAAACAGCUGAGAGCAGAAUAUGACAAGAAAGAAGUAAAGUUCUGUGCUUCCACAAGGCAGCUCUGGAAACCUAUCCCAGGGAUGACUCUCCAAGAAUCUGUCAAUCUGGAAUCUCUCAAUAAAUAUAAGCAAUAUCUUAUAGCUAAACAUAUAAAACUUAAACAAGAUAUAUCAACAAUGUAUGUACCAGCCCAAAAGAAGGCUGAUCUAGAUGAGGAAAUGACUGUGUUACUAAAAAGACGAGACAUAGCUGAAAGUCUGAACAAAGACCUGCAGUUUCGCCAUCAAAGACUGCAGGUUAUUUCACACAUACUUACUACAUGGAUAAAGAAUAACCUAAGAACUCCAUUUCAAGAUGUCAUGGAGCAAAUUCAGAAAACCAACGAUGUCUAUGAUGAUGAGAACACGGUUGAUGAAGUGUUUGAAGAUGACCCAAGCAAGACAAAAGAAGCUAUAAUUAUACUCUACUACAUUGAAAGGUUCAAUGAAUUAAUCUGUCUUGGUGAAUAUGAGAAGGCAGCUUCUUUUGCAGCAAGCAGUCCAAAAAGAAUUCUUCAAAACACUGGUAUAAUGAAUAAAUUUAAAGCUAUUGGAAAAAUUAAAGGAAAGACUCUCCCAUUACUCUUAUAUUUUGAGGCUAUAUUUAGCACCAGUCAUGCGUUCAAACAUCCUAUUAAUGCUGACCUAACCAUGGAGGGGAUCAAAUGCGGACUGUCUGAAAAACGGCUUGAUUUAGUUACCCACUGGGUCACCCAGGAAAGGCUGACGUUCUCUGAGAAGGCUGGAGAUAUUGUUUUUGCUUAUGGGGAGCAGAACACAUGCCACAAGCCUGUCUGCUUGGCUUUAGCUCAGAUUAUCUACAAUGAAUGUGGUUUACACAAGAAAGCUCUUCUUUGCUUGUGUAAACAGGGUCAGAUUCAUGAGGCUAUGGAACAUAUACAGCAGUUCAAAGACUUUACCUCUGAUGACCUGAUAGAGCUAAUAACAGCAUGUCCCCAAAUUGAGUUAAUUAAACAUCUUAUUCAAGAAAGGAAUGGGAAACCACCACUUUUGUCUUUUGGACUUGCUGUACUUCAUCUGUUUUCUGUGGAUAUGAAAAAAGUUGGCAUUAAGCUACUUCAGGAAAUCAGUAAAAGUGGGAAAGAUGUAAUAGAGCAUCUUGUGAUGAGUGAUUCAUUUUGCUCCUUAGAAAAGUGGCAAGAAAUGGCAACUCUAUGUUUACAGAAUGGCUUUGAAAAUUUGUUUAAUGACAUCAUGUCCAUUCUUCGAUCCCAGGCUGGAGUCGCAGAAAUUUCUGGAGAUGAUUCCAUCAACUUAAUGGAACAUGUUUUUUGGUAGUUCUGUGUUUUAACCAGCUGAGAGCGCUGGUACAACAUUUUUGAGGCAUUGGCUGGGCAAACUGGUUUUAGGAUAAUUGAUAUAAAUAAAUAUUGAGUAUAAAGCUCCCAGCAAUAAAUCACACUUCUAUUUUAAUGUUUAUGUUUGAUCUUGAAACAUUGAAUUCCUUCUACCAUAUGGUCACUUCUUAUAGCGAAUAUUGAGUGAACCUAAUAGUGUAACUGCAUAAGAUAGCAUAAGCAUUGCUACCUUAGAACAAGCUAAUGU